CACGAAAACAAACAUCUCUCAAGUCAAAUAAUAUAAUUCCUGUUCGAAGUCGAAGAAACACAGACAAUAAAGCCCAACUAGGUCAACGUUUCAUUUCCGAGUUUCAGUGAAGAAUAUUCGUGCAAUGACCACCACAUCGAACGACUCUUUAUUUCGAUCUUCUUUCUAUCAUAUCACAGCGAACAAGCUGGUGUUGUUGGGGGUUCUAUUGCUUGGAAUCAUCGGGGCAGCUAUGGCGGAACAGAAGCGAGUGGGUGGGAUGACAGGCGUGACGUCGCUUGAAAAUGGUUUAGUUAGCGCCGAAGAUAAGAAUCUAAUUCAGGGAUUGCUUGAUAAGGUAAGGCCCGAUGCAGAGCUAAAGGCAGGAAGGAAAUUUGAUGAAUUGACACCUGUAGCAUAUGCAACCCAACUUGUGAAUGGAGUCAACUAUUUCAUAAAGGCCAACACCGGUGGCACAGGUGACAAAAGAUAUGUCGUCAUUCGCCUGCACAAGUCAUUCCGUGAUGAUGUGACUUUCCACAGUAUCCAAGUGGAUAAGACAGAGGCGGAUCCUAUUACAUAUUUCUAGAUUCUUCAAUUAUAUUCUUCAUUUAUAUUCGGACUCAUCAAUAUCUCCAGCAUGUUUUAAAUAGCAACAAACUUCCAUUGCCUAAAUAAAAAAUUAUUAACAAUAUGCUGUCAGUAUGUUAAUAAGCAUUGCACAACACACAUUUAAAAAACAUAUUGAAUCUUUUUCCAUUGAAUUAUGGCCAUCAUAUGGUUAUAUUAAGCAGUAGUAAAAAGCAAGAUUUAUUGCUGAGAAGUUUUUAUGUGAAUCUGUUGUAUGGUUUUUCAAAAUAUUCCUAUAUCUGUGUUGUAUUAUUUAAAUUAUUAUAUUGGGUGAUUUCCUUCAAA